AGAGCAUUCGUUGAGACAGGAGCCCGAGCAAAGCCAAAGCCAAAUCCAAAUCCAAAGCCCUAGAUCCCUCGUUACCUGUUGAGAUUCUUUGCCGUCUCACUCUUGCCUCCUCUCUCCGAGGCAUUCGGUUUCUUUGUUGAUAUUUCAACAAUGAUCCGAUUCAUUAUACUACAGAACAGGCAGGGGAAGACUCGUCUCGCCAAGUAUUAUGUGCCUCUCGAGGAAUCAGAGAAGCACAAAGUCGAAUACGAGGUUCAUCGAUUGGUGGUCAAUAGGGAUCCCAAAUUCACGAAUUUCGUUGAGUUCCGCACCCACAAGAUUAUCUACAGGCGAUAUGCUGGUUUGUUUUUCUCAAUGUGUGUUGACAUCACAGAUAACGAGUUAGCAUACUUGGAGUGCAUCCACUUAUUUGUGGAGAUUUUGGAUCAUUUUUUCAGCAACGUGUGUGAACUGGAUUUAGUAUUUAAUUUUCACAAGGUGUAUUUGAUACUGGACGAAUUCAUCCUUGCUGGGGAGCUCCAAGAAACAAGCAAGAAGGCAAUCAUAGAGAGAAUGGGCGAGUUGGAGAAGCAGGAGUGAGCUGAUUGUGGUUAGGAUCUGCAGCAGCUUGCCUUCAUCUUGAUUCCUUGUUCUGUUAGCUUCUUCCGGUCAUCAAAUUUCAGAGCUGAUUGGCCUUGUAACAUCACAAUGAAUGCGAAGACAAACAAGAAGGAACCGCCUUCAUCCCCCCUUCCCCCAACCAAAAUUUCCCCA